AUGUACAAGUUGCCUGUUGUGGAAAAUAUCGAGCAGAAAGAAGUGGUUGUGUUUUGCGAUAAUGGAAAGAAACAUUCCGCUGGUAAAAAUAAAGUUAACGAAGAAAAUAAGGAGCAAGGGCAAGCCGAGAACUACGAUGAAACUGCGAAAAAUGAUGAUGGUGAUGAUGAUAUCGAUGAAAUUGCGAUGGAUGACCAUGAACAGGAUGAUAAGUCAAAUGAAGAUGAAGACAAGGAAAAUGAUCACAUCAAAGCAGAGAAGAUUUCUCGAACGGAAGCGAGUAAGCGAAUGUUAAAGAAAAGGGAUGUAGACUGUCAGCAGAAAUUCGUCGACUUAUGCCAUAUAACGACAUGCUUUACACCACUCACAUUCAAUGCAGUUAUUUGUAUGAUUAAAGUAUUUGCUACCAAAGAAACGGAAAAAGACGACGUUCUUAUUGGAAAACUUGCACGAAUUACUGCAGCAAAUAUUACAUAA